GUUUGUUUCCCCCCUCCCAAGAAAAACAGAUCUGCAGCUGAGCUGCUGCUGCCAUGGGCGACAAAUAAGGUUUGGAAACAAAGCGACCAGGCUGGCCGCCCAGGACGGCUAUACGGCAAACACAGGCCGACAGUUGGAGGGCUGGAGGGUUGUUGGUUCUAUGUUUGGAUGCUUUUUGACAUUUGAUUUGAUGUCCGAGUCCGAUACAGUACUUGCAUGCAGCAGGCGCGGCACAUGUCUCUGGGCCUUGGGCCCCCAAUCAAUAUGUAUCACCACUUCAUUUCCAACCCCGUGUUGCGUGCUUCCUAUGCUGUCAGUGAAGCACGCCGCACCGUUGUGUGAGAAGGUCCUCACCUCGGAUGAAUAGGCGUCGGUUGCAAAGCGUACAAGAUGCCGUCAAUCGAAACUAGGAAUGGGCACUACUGUACCAAGAACGACCGGCCCUGCCGGCCAGGCGCACGUCCGGCCCCUCCUGGCAGCCCUGGAGGUACCUCCCACUCCUCCUCCUCCUCCUUCUCUCCUCCCGCUUACUCCGCCAGGCCCAGCCAGUGGACUGCCGAGUGGCUUGGUACCUGCAGCAUCCAUGUCUUCUCUGAGCAAGCCCCCCUGCCCCUAGCUCGCACUCGAGCGCGGUGCCGUCCUUGUGUACCAACCCAACAGCCUCCUGCCGCUCAUCACUUUUGAUUAACUCUCAUAUAAUAGUCCGGCCUCAGCUCGUCCUUCAUCUCCUUGACUCCCCCUCUGGACAUUCCUCUUGCCGUUUGUGUGCUUCUACUAAUUUCCAUAUCAACCACCUGGACAUACGCAACUCCAGUCACCCAGCAUCGCCACCCGUCUGUUUGACUGUCACAAGCCUCACCUUCCGCCUCGCCUUUCACCUCGCGUACUUUGUGCUUCCUUUGUCACACCUCUUGUGGCAGCCCUGCUUAUUUAUACGACAACCAUCACCCAGGACGCCGACUGGUCAGCCCAGAUAAUCCCAAAAUACUCUGGCUUUUCCCUCUUGUGUUACCUUGCAGGCCAACCAACUAUCAACAACCCCAAAACGUCAUCAUGCGUAUGUCAAUCGCCACCGCUGUCCUGGCUGCUGCCAGCGUCUCUGCGCAAAACACUGGCGUAAGUUUAAUCCCGUCUUACCUUGUCGUCAAUGUAUCAACCCGCUGACCUCUGCCCCUAGAAACUCGGAGAUGCCGCAGUCGUCAGCGACAACCCCGUCGGGGCCAUCUACAAGGCUUCCAUGCCUGAGACUGCCUUCACCAAGAGCGCCUACCCCAAUGGAGGCAACAUCAAGGGCGACGUCUACGCCCUGUCCAGCCCAGACGGAAACGGCGUGAUCUUCAAGGUCAAGCUGUCCGGUCUUCCCAGCGAGGGUGGUCCUUUCAUUUACCACCUUCACGACCAGCCCGUCCCCGAGAGCGGAAACUGCACCGCGACCCUGGCUCACCUCGACCCUUACGAGCGUGGAGAGGCCACUCCGUGCGACCCCAACUCCCCUCAGACCUGCCAGGUUGGUGAUCUGUCAGGCAAGCACGGAAACAUCACCGGCGACAUUGACGUUACCUACACCGACAACUUCGCCUCGCUCAAGGAGGGCAUCGGCGCCUUCUUCGGAAACCGCAGCAUCGUUGUCCACUUCGGAAACAAGACCCGCAUCACUUGCGCCAACUUCGAGCGCGUCGAGGCUGGAAACACAUGCAGCGGGGGCAGCUCCCCAUCUCCGACCACCUCCAGCUCCACCGCGUCGGCUACAGGCAGCCAGCCGACGGGGUCCGUCACCCCAACCUCGCCGGUCGGCAGCAACGCGACCGUUACCGGAGCGAGCCCGUCAGCCACCACGUCCUUCGUGACGGCUGCCGGAAACGCCAAGGCCCCGACGUUGAUGCUCGCCGUCGGCGCUGCGGCCCUCGCCUUCCUUCUCUAAAAGCGCCAAGGUGAUGGUGAUUUUUUGAAUGGGUUUUCCGGCGUUUUGUGUCGGGAGGAUCACCGUAGGCAUGGGUGACCCCCGGGAGGGUAAUAGGUGCUUUUGAUGUUUGGCUUUUUUUGAGCAAGACUGGUUGGGAAGAUACCUCAUCUGCCGCAAUUUGCUUCGAGUACACUAGAAAGGGACCCCGGGCAUGUGAUAAUACGGCCAUCAAAGAGACCGAGCCACACGUCCAUAACCCAGAUAAUUACUCCAAAAUUUUGAACAGCGAAAUUCUCGCACAAUUUUCAGACGUACCUCAAUGAUUGAAAAAUACCGUAUGCAAAUGAUAUGUCUUACCCGCACACCGCGCGCCUCGGGCGGAGUCUCAUUCCGUCCGCACCCCGAUACAGGAUACAGGCCGCACAAGGUGCGAAAUGGCCGUCGUGACACGCACGCGUCGCUGACUUCCAGACCUGAAUGAUUAAUCCAUGGCUCUCAGUCAACGACCAGCCCCGGGCGGUGAGAGGUCUUGGUUGAUGGGAUUGAACAGGGCGCCGGACCAGCCAUUUCCGGUGGACUAGCCCCCAUCAUCCCGCCCCCACGUCAAACGGGACUAACCCGAGCCAUGACGUUUCAAGGGCACGACGUCGUCCUUGUUCCCUCUCGGGCGUGUGAACCGAACUGCUGGUCAGUGCGACGGCUGGAAGGGUGGCAGCCCAGCCCCUCGAGGGGGGUGGCACCAUGGAUCCCCCAGUUCAUGCCCGCGUUGGUGUUAUCGUGAGGUUGGUCGGAGAUGGGCGAUCAACCAAGUUCAUCUCAGAUGUCAAAGAGCAGGCCGGCCAAGGACCUUUGUGAGACCGUAGAGCCGCGGCGCGUAUGUUAUGGUCAUCUCGCUGUCAAAAGUGUGAGGGGCUUUUGUACGACUCGACGCUCAAGCGAAGAAUUAAUAAACCAUUGAUAACGAAGCAUGUGUUGAUUUCGCCCCUCAUUGGUCGCCGGUCGCCAGGACAUAGAUUGAGGCACCUUCUAGAAUGCUGUCUGUCUUUCUGUUGCAGGUCAUGCCCAUGUCGCCGGUCGUACUUGUGCAAGAGUGUGAUGUAAGUGAGGGAGGGUCGUGUGUGCGGAGGCCUGCCUGCGGGAUGAUAUUGCGGUCUGUUGAUCGCCCUCCCCGGGCGAUUCACCACUUUAUCAGCCCGGCUUUCAGCCUCUCGCAUCAACAAGGAUGCAACAUGUGCGGAAUUCCAUAGUAGGUCCGGAAUGCGGUUGGACGGCUUCAGCUGAACAGGUGACCGGCAUUAGUUCUCCGUAGGGGGGCGAGGCUGAGACGUAUGCAGUCAGCAAGGCAGAGGACAAAAACACGUAGCAGACUCUGGUCUUGUGCAUGCUGGAGCCUCGUGCGAGUGGAGACUCCUAUUUUUGCUGCUUCUGCCCAUUGUUCUGAGCCAUGAGAGCCAUGCUUUUGAGGCUGGUGCCAUUUGUGCCACGAGGAUUUUGAAACGAGAUUGAAGGUGGUGAGGUCUUGAAAGCGCCGCCCCCCCCCCCCCGCACAUUGUCUUUGCCACCUCCGAACAGGGGUCCGACCGCGUCUUAGAUAUAUACCACAAUAUCUCCGAGGCAGUGGCCAUUCCAAAGUGCAAAAGGAAAAAAAAGUUCCAAGACACAACUGUGUGCUGAAAAAACUGGGCGCUGAUGGGCGCCAGAAGCAUGACGCUUUCAAACAAAAGUGCAUGUUGGAGAUUGGGAGAGAAGCUUGGAAGGCG